ACAAAAUGAAAUCAAACCCCAAACAUUGAUUUACACCAAAAAAAACUCCGUUACACCUGCACAUAUCGCAUCCCCUCUUUUUCUUGAACAUCUCUGCUCCAAUUCCACAAGCCUUCUUUCUCUUAAAUUUCCAUUUUUUCUGAUCUCUAUUCGACAUUCUGUUUAUUUAUACAUUGCGUUUUCAGGCGGUCCAAGAAUUUGGAUUUUGGUUCAGUUGGAGGAAAUUUUGGGCUCCUUAUAUGUUCCUAAAAUGAAGAAGGCCAUUGGUCAAACUGUCCGGGACCUUAGGAGAGAAGUGAACAAGAAAGUUCUUAAAGUUCCUUCGGUUGAACAGAAGGUUCUAGAUGCUACUAGCAAUGAGCCCUGGGGUCCGCAUGGAUCAAGUCUUGCUGAUAUUGCACAGGCGACAAGAAAUUAUCACGAAUACCAGAUAAUCAUGUCGAUUAUCUGGAAGCGUAUAAAUGAUACCGGAAAGAACUGGAGACAUGUUUACAAGGCUUUGACUCUUCUGGAAUACUUGGUUGCGAAUGGGUCAGAGCGUGUUAUAGAUGAAAUUAAGGAACAUGCAUACCAGAUAUCAACACUGUCUGGUUUUCAAUAUAUCGACUCCAGUGGGAGGGAUCAGGGACUUAACGUCAGAAGGAAAUCCCAGAGUCUUGUGGCACUAGUAAAUAAUAAAGAAAGGUUACAAGAAGUUCGAGAAAAGGCAGCUGUUAACAGGGAGAAGUACCACAAUACAUCAAUGGGAGGCAUGUACAAGCCUGGUUCUUAUCCAGAUAUGGGGGGCUAUGGUGAGAGAUAUGAUGAUGAACGUUAUGAAGGUCGCUAUGGGGGCAGAGAUGAAGACUGGAAUGGUUAUGGGCGCGAGAGAGAUCGGGGCUCUCGAGAAAAUGACAGGUAUGGUAAGUAUGGGAAUUCCAACAGUCAUGACAGGGAUAGAUAUGUUGGAGAUCAUGAGGGACGCUAUAGCCGAGAUGUUUAUAGGGACGAUUAUUCUCGCGGGAGAAGUCCAAGCAUGGAUGACUAUAAUUAUGGUCGGAGUAGAAGCUCUGAUAGAUAUAGAGACCGUUCAUAUGACGAUGAUGGGCAAUAUUCUUCUAGAGGAAGUGUUGGCAGGACUGAUGGAUCACAGGAUGGAAGAAGUCAUGACAAGAAAUAUUCUGAACAAGAACCUGCAGCACCGCCUAGUUAUGAAGAUGCUGUUGGUGAGUAUGGUAGCUCAGCACACACUGAAAGGUAUGAAGAAACAUCAACAGCAUCUGCUCCUAAAUCUUCAUCUACUCCGAGUACUACAAAUCAGGAAACUACCACAAGUAGCUCUCCUGCCGUGACUCCUCCAGCUUCUGUUCCUCCUUCAGUGCAUCCUUCAGUUCCUGUUUCUCCUGCAGCGCAUCCUUCAGGUCCUGUUUCUCCUGCAGAGCAUCCUUCAGCUUCUGUUCCUGCUACAAAGAAGCAAUUCGGUGGCUUUGACAAAUUUGAUCCACGUGAUUCUUUUACAGCUGCUACACAUUCCUCAAAUGGUGCUGACGUGGAUUUUUUUGGCUCUUCAUCGGACCCAUAUAAUCUGUCCUCUUUGACCAUUGUGCCUACUGCAACGGCAACAACAGCAACCUCAGAAGCCAAUGCCUUUGCAAGCUCUGGUUCUGGAAAUGGGUUCGUUUCAGAUUCCACAUCUUCUAAUCAGCCGUUUGAAGACCCUUUUGGUGAUGGCCCUUUUAAAGCUAUUCCUUCUCCAGAAAGCUUCUCCAACCAACAGCAAAAUGUUUCCCCAUCUUUCCAUCCUAGCUCAAGUCAAUCUGAGCUACAGCAGCCAAAUUUUCAGGACAAUAACUCUGGCUUCGGGGAAACUGAUAUUCUAGCCGAUAUUCUUCCACCACCUGGAUCUUCACCUGGUGGGUUUUCAGCUCAGACAGUGCAGUCUGCAUCACAAACAGGUUUUGCAAGUCAGACCAAAGAGCCCGAAACAGGCUUCGAAGGUGAAAUCAGUCAGCCCGCCGCAUCCACGGCAGGUUUCCAAUCUCAGCCAGGUCAGUCUUUAUCACUGACUGGCUUUCCGGCUCAAGUAACCUAUGCAGCGUUUAUGAGAGAAUAUCCAGAACAAGCUGGGCAACCUUCACAACAGGCAGGUUUUCCUUAUCAGAGUGGACAAUAUUCAUCCUUUACAGGUUUUCCAUCUCAGGCAAGUAGUGCCCAACCUGCAUGGUUUCCUCCUUCCAACCAACCUUCACAACAGGCAGGUUUUCCUCAUCAGAGUGGACAAUAUUCAUCCGUUACAGGUUUUCCAUCUCAAGCUAGCAGCACCCAACCUGCAUCGUUUUCUCCUCCCAACCGACCUUCUCAGCCAGGUCCUAAUUAUAAUGUGAAUUUCAACCAACAGCCAGAAUUUGCAGCAUCUGCUGUUGAAUCAAUGGCUGCUCAAAGUCCUUCUAGACCCCCUGGACCUGCUCCUCAAAUGCAACCAGCAGAAUCAAAUCCUGUUAUGGCUUCAGCUUCCUCUGAACCAACCAAUUAUCUUGCUAUUGUGCCUCAACCUGCAAAAGAGAAGUUUGAGACCAAAUCUACCAUCUGGAAAGAUACUCUAAACCGUGGGCUUGUCGAUUUGAAUAUAUCUGGACCCAAAACAAAUCCAACAGCUGAUAUAGGAGUAGAUUUUGAUGCCAUUAAUCGCAGAGAGAAGAGGAUGGAAAAACCUAGCCAAACCCCUUUUAUGUCGACUGUUACCAUGGGGAAAGCCAUGGGUUCUGGUACUGGAAUAGGUCGAGCAGGUGCCAGUGCUCUCAGGGGAGGCCUGAACCCUGUUACAGCUUCCGGUAUAAAUAUUGGCAUGGGCGGUGUCUCUGGCGCAGGCAUGGGAAUGGGUGGUGUUCCAGGAGUAGGCAUUGGCAUGGGCGGUGUUCCUGGAGUAGGCAUUGGCAUGGGUGGGGGUCCUAGUGCUGGAAUGGGUAUGGGAAUGCCUUUUGGAGGUGGUUAUGGAGUAAAUCAGCCUAUGGGUGGUAUGGGCAUGGGGAUGGGGAUGGGGAUGGGGAUGAAUUCGGGAGCUGCGAUGAAUAUGGGUAUGGGGCGAGGGGUUCCAAUGCAGCAACAACCUACAGGAUUUUCACAGGUACCUUCCAUGCCUGGAGGUUAUAAUCCAAUGAUGGGAACAGGAAAUUUUGGUCAACAACCGUAUAAUGGUGGUCACUGAUGAGUAUUGGCACAUUACCUCAUUUCAACUUUGGAGAAAGGUACUCGGUGUGUUUAAUGUGAAAAUUUUAAGCGUUCUGUUUCCGCCCCUGAGUAGAGCUCACAUUUCAGCAAUUUUUGGUGAUCAUUUAAAAGUUUAUGUGAUACGUCUGGUACUGUAUACAUAUGCCAACAAUUUAAAAGUGAAACUAAGUUUAUUGCCUUUAGUUAGAUCUUCUUGGUCUUGGUAGAGCUUGAUAUCUGGUUUUGAGAGUCUUUUAAGUCAUUAAGUUUGUAUACUAUUACAGAUUGCCUCUUCUCUUCUUCCUGUCCAUAUCUAACACAUUUUUUUCUGA